AUGACAGAUUCCAACCAGGGGUCAAAGAAUUACCCUAGUGCCCAGCUGCCUCCUUUGCCUCCACCUAGGGACUAUGUUACACCAACCAGAGUCAAGGUUGGUAUUGGAAUGGAUUGGUUUGUGAAGACUGCAGAGAAGGCUGUAAAUUUCUACAACAACAAUCAUCAGGGUGUUGAAUUUGAGCUUGUGGAGGUUGUUAGUGGUGACUCUUUUUUCACUGAAAAUGCUCUCUGGGAGCAUUGCAACUUUAAGGCUAAGCUUAAAAGUGCUGCCAUGGAUGAUGAAGAUCAAUCGCCGAAACCUUUCUUUGCUGAAUUAUGGUAUGGUCCUUAUGGAGCACCUGGUUGCUGGCUUUCCGAAGGCGAAAUCACUGCCUGUUCUUUGCUGGUAGAAGGUUCUACCAAAGAUCGUUGUGCAUUUUGUAAGAGAAACAGUGCAGUUUGUCACCCUCUUCAAGGAUUUAGAGCUGGAUUUGUGGACGACAAUGCUUAA